AUUUUUCAGCUGUAAGACCACGGAUCAAAGUUGCUUGCAGUGUUCUAGUUUUUUUUUUUGUUUGUUUUGUUUUUUCAGCUUUUAGAAAAUCAUACAAAAAUGAUUGAUGAAGAGGAAGAAAUUCUUAGUUGCCUGGAGAACCUUGAAAGUGAACAAUUUAAACGAUUCAAAGACCGAUUGCUUAAAAUUAACUUCGAAGGAUUCCAAAAUAUAUCCUCCUCUGAUUUGGAGAGUGCUGAUAAAAUAGAUACAAAGAAACAUUUAGUGAGUGUUUAUGGUAAGAAAGCAUUUGACGUUACUGUGAUGGUGUUAGAGAAAAUCAAACUGAGAGGAUAUGCCAGUGAACUAAGUGCGAAGAAAGAAGGGCAGAAGAGAACAGUUGACUUAGAGUAUAGUGUGAUACAAGAAAGCAAACGUCCAAAAUUACACAGCUUCUUUAAUGACUCAUCUGAACUGGACGAAUUGGAUGGACCUCUACCUGGUUUCAUCCCCCCUCUGCCACACUCACUUCAGCUGGACUGGAAAGGUGAAAUCAGCCUGGCAAAGAUGGAGGAAUUUGCAGACCGGAACAGGGAGCAACUGAUCUUUAAGCUAAAAGUGAAAGAGAAAAUUGGAGGCUUUCAAAUAUUGGAAAAGAAACAACUCUUUAAAUUAAUGAAACUGAAAGACAGCUGGAUUUUAAACUGGAAAAAAGCCAAAGAAGUUAGCAAAAAGUUGAGUAAAUCCGAACCAUUUCACUGGUCACUUGUGGAAGAACAGCUCUUUGAAAGGCAUUAUAAAACCAAAGGCGUUAAUACGCAAGUCUCAUUAGGAAAAAAGAUGAUAAAUGGUGAGAAGAAAGACCAAGGCCCCAGUGCAACAGAGCAGAUUGUCAGAAAAAAAUGAAGAUAUUAAAAGUGCUUUAGAAGGGAAACACUGUAGUUUCUCAGAAGUUUCUUACUAUUAUGAUCGAACCAACUCAACCCAGGCCAAUGGGGCAGAUGAUGAGUUGAUGCAUCUGAAUCUUUCCACUGAUGCAGUGGAGACAAAAGCUGUGUUCCAGCAAAAUAAAGUUAGCUCUGCCACAGUUAGUCUUAAUGUUUUUUCAUGUAGAACACCACAAGUAGAAGAAGACAAUUUCAAGACUUCUGGUUCUUCCAUUCACCUUUGUCAAGAAAAGAUUCUGUUGGAAAAAACAACUUCUGUGUGCCGAGAAGACAACACUGAACACAAGUCCCAGAAUUACAUGGAACAUCUAAUGGAAAACUUAGAAACAAAAGGACAAGAUGCUUGUAAUGUUCUGCACAGACACUGUAUGUACAAAGGUAUGUCUGCUUCAACUUUAAUGGUAGAAGAAAAGCAAAGUUGUAAAACAGGCAAUAAAAAAAACAUGACUAAAGACAAAAUGCAUGAAUAUGACUCCAAAGUGAAAGCCUUCGGAAAGUGGGUGGAAAAGGAAGUGAUUGAGCUAGCUGCUGGGGGAAAUCAAAGCAAAGAGGAGAGACAAAAAGAAAUACUAUCCAACAUUCAAUUCAGAGAUACAUGGGAACACUCAACCUACAAAUGUCUAACUGCCAACAACUGCAUAUUGUACACUGGUCCAAAAGGUGCGCUCAAGCUGGUUCACCUAGAGAAUUCAAAAACAGACUGCCUCGCUAAAAGUGGAGAACCUCGUGAGGAUUUCAGGUUCAAAUGGCAGUACCACAUGUGGAUAUUUCAAGGGGUUAAGACAGAUAUUGUUUUCUGUGACAGCGAAGAUAUUAAGUCCUACCCAUACGAUGACGAAUGGUUCAGAAACUUCCACAUCAAGUUCCCCAAGUUCUUAAAGGAAGAAGCCCUUCCAGCUAUUGCUUUGUACAAAGAGGCUCAACAAGAACAAAUGUUCAGCUGCUUUGCCAGUGAUAACCAGGAAUGAACCAAGGAGUGACUUCUAUAAUGCUGUAGCAUUUUUAACUAGCAAUAUUUCUUUGUUUUCUUUGCCAUAUGCUUUGAGAGCCAAAGCUUUUUUAAAUUUUUUUCAUCCAUUGAAUUCUUCCCUUUCGGAUUCUAGUGCAUUUUUUGCUGCAUUUCCUGCAUUUUCUUAAUUUUAGUUGACCUUGUUUCCUUUGCCCUUCAUUUUUUUUCCAGUUGUUUAAAACCCUUUUACUUUUCUGCUUUACUAAAAUUAUUCCACCACCAUGUCACCAUGUCUAUAAGCAUAAACAUCAUCUUUUGUUUUAUGCAAGACAAUCUGCCAGUGCCUCAGCAGCAAGAGUUGACAGUACUUCAAUCUGCAGCACAUUCUCCCUUUUGGGAAACAAUGUUGUUUUAAGCGGAGGUGUUCUAAGAGUAACAGAAUGCAGAAGUGCUUUAUGAAGGUGACCUGAGUGGGUUGAAGAACAUAUCCAUGGCAUUGGUGUUGGUUGGA